GGUGGAGUUCUCCCCGGAUGGAAGCUUAGGCCGCGUAGUGAUGGUGGCGGCAGCGAAGAUGGGCCGGGCAGGGACCAUGGCGGUGGCAGCAGAGGUGGCAGGGGCGGGGCGGCUGGCGGUAAAGGAGGCUGUGGUCCUCAGGGGGCUGUAGGUGGAGGCAUGGCUCGGGCCAGCAGCGGGAACGGCAGCGAGGAGGCCUGGGGGGCACUUCGGGCAUCGCAGCAGCAGCUUCGAGAGCUGUGCCCAGGAGUGAACAACCAGCCCUACCUCUGUGAGAGUGGUCACUGCUGUGGGGAGACUGGCUGCUGCACCUACUACUAUGAGCUCUGGUGGUUCUGGCUGCUCUGGACUGUCCUCAUCCUCUUUAGCUGCUGUUGCGCCUUCCGCCACCGACGAGCUAAACUCCGGCUGCAACAACAGCAGCGGCAGCGUGAAAUCAACUUGUUGGCCUACCAUGGGGCAUGCCAUGGGGCUGGUCCUUUCCCUACUGGUUCACUGCUUGACCUUCGCCUCCUCAGCACCUUCAAGCCCCCAGCCUACGAGGAUGUGGUUCACCGCCCAGGCACACCACCCCCCGCUUAUACUGUGGCCCCAGGCCUCCCCUUGACUGCUUCCAGCGAACAAACCUGGUGUUCCUCCUCAUCCAGCUGCCCUGCCCACUUCGAAGGAACAAAUGUGGAAGGUGUUUCCUCCCACCAGAGUGCCCCCCCUCAUCAGGAGGGUGAGCCUGGGGCAGGGGUGAGCCCUGCCCCCACACCCCCCUCCUGUCGCUAUCGCCGUUUAACUGGUGACUCCGGUAUUGAGCUCUGCCCUUGUCCUGCCUCCGGUGAGGGUGAGCCAGUCAAGGAGGUGAGGGCUAGUGCCACCCUGCCAGAUCUGGAGGACUAUUCCCCUUGUGCACUGCCCCCAGAUUCUGUACUGCAGGUCUCUCCCAUGGGGCUGUCCUCCAGUGAAGGGGACAUCCCAUAAGUAGUUCUGAGAGGGUGGGUGGGUGGGUUACUUGCCCACCAGAAACAGCCCUAGUCCCACCUCCUUGCAUUCCCUUUGGCCCCUUCCUGCCUACCUAGAAUCUGCCUGAAAGGGCUGGAGCCCUGAGGAGAGGGGCAGUAUUUGGGGGACUGUGCUAGCUUUACCCCCACAAGACAUCAAGACAUAUACACAGGAGCCUUUGAUCUCAUUAAAGAGAUUUGAACCAGC